AUGGAUGCCAGGAAAGCCCAUGAAGCCUCCUCUUCAUCCUCGUCAAAACGUUGUAUGUACCAAGUGUUCUUGAGCUUCAGAGGUGAAGACACACGCAAGGGCUUCACAGGCCACCUCCACGCCGCAUUAUCUGAUGACGGAAUCCGCGCCUUUCUUGACGACAACGAGCUAGAAAGAGCGGAAUUUAUAAAAACCCAACUGGAGCAGGCAAUCGAUGGGUCCAUGAUCUCCAUAAUUGUCUUCUCCAAGAGGUAUGCCGAGUCCAGUUGGUGUCUUGAUGAGCUGGUGAAGGUCAUGGAGUGUAGAGAAAGAUUGAGGCAAAAGGUUAUUCCAUUAUUCUAUAAUGUUGAGGCUUCAGAUGUCCGGAAACACACUGGUAGUUUUGCACAAGCAUUUGAGAAACAUGAAGCGGGCAUCUGUGAAGGUAAACAUGAGAGAGAAAAGGUACAGCGGUGGAGAAAUGCUCUCAUUCAAGCUGCAGAUUUGUGUGGGGAAGAUCUUAAAAAUGCUGAUGGGCAUGAAGCAAAGUUUAUCAACAAAAUUCUUGGGGUGGUUAAUAAACAGUUGUACAGCAAAUACCAAUUAGACAUUGAACACGUUGUUGGAAUUACUUCUCGGCUGAACGAUGUUGUUCGCAUGAUUGAUAUUGAAAAUUCAGGUUCUAAGGAUGUUGUUCGCAUGAUUGGUAUCUUGGGGAUGGGUGGCAUUGGAAAAACAACGCUUGCCAAAACCAUUUAUAACAAAUUUGAACGUAUCUUUGAGGGUAGGAGUUUCCUUGCAAACGUGAGGGAAGUAAUUGCACACCAACCCAUUAAUGGUCUGGUUGGUUUGCAAGAACAACUUCUAAAUGAUAUCUUGAAAAACGGGGGCAUAAAGGUUGGCUCUGUUGAUGUAGGGAUCACUGUGAUAAAAGAAAGACUUUGCUGUAAAACAUUACUUGUCAUAAUUGAUGAUGCAGAUGAUCUACAGCAACUAAAAGCGAUAGCUGGAGCUCAUGACUGGUUUGGUCCUGGAAGUAGAAUUCUUAUAACAACAAGAAAUAAACAUUUGCUAGAGCAAGUUGGAGUGGAUAGCACAUAUGUGGCUCAAGAAAUGGAUGAGAAAGAAGCUCUAGAGCUCUUUAGUUGGCAUGCCCUCAAAAGAGGUUAUCCUGAUCAAGAAUACCUUGACCUCUCAAGACGUGUAAUUCGUUACUGUCAAGGCUUGCCACUAGCACUUCGAGUUGUAGGGUCUUUUUUGAUUAAAAGAACCGCAUUAGAAUGGGAAAGCCAAUUGGAGAGAUUGGAAAGAAGUCCUCAUGAAGCAAUUACAAAAAUACUGAGAAUAAGCUUUGACGGGCUACCUGACCGUACAGACAGAAAUAUAUUCCUUGAUAUAUCUUGUUUCUUUAUUGGAAUGAACAGGGACUAUGUCACACAAAUAUUAGAUGGAUGUGGCUUUUCUGCAACGCUAGGAAUCCCUAUCCUCAUUGAACGGUGCCUUGUAACUGUUAGUGAGCAAAACAAGCUGAUGAUGCAUGAUUUGCUUCGAGACAUGGGAAGAGAGAUUGUUCGUGAAAAUGCCUGCGGUCACCCUGAAAAAUUUAGUAGAUUGAGAAGACGUGAAGACGUAACAGAUGUAUUGAGAGACAAAUCUGGAACUGACGAAAUUGAAGGAGUUGCUCUUUAUAUCCCAUGGUCUGACAAGGCUGGAUUCAGUGCAGAAGCAUUUACCAACAUGAAAAAACUGAGGUUACUCCAACUCAGCAACGUAGAGCUCACUGGAGAGUACAAAGAUUUUCCCAAAAAGUUAAUAUGGUUGUGCUGGAAUGGAUUCCCUUUAGAGUCCAUGCCAGAUGACUUUCCUAUGCAACCAAAACUGGUUGCUUUAGACCUGCAGUAUGGCAAACUCAAAAUAGUUUGGAAGGAUUGCAAGUUGCAUCAGAAUUUGAAAAUCCUUAAUCUCAAUUGUUCCUAUAGGCUAACAAAAUCACCAGACUUUUCAAAACUGCCAAAUCUCGAGGAAUUGAUAUUGCAAUUUUGUACUAGUUUGUCUGAGGUUCACUCAUCCAUCGGGGAUCUUGGAAGACUUUCUUUGGUAAAUCUUCAACACUGCAAAAUGCUUAAGGAUCUCCCACUGAAUUUCUAUAAAUCGAAGUCUAUUGAAACUCUUAUACUUAAUAAUUGUCGAAGUUUUGAAAAGUUGGCUGAGGGCUUAGGGGACAUGGUAUCAUUGACAAUUUUGGAAGCAAACAGGACAGCCAUAAGACAAAUACCAUCUUCCAUAUUAAAAUUGAAGAAACUGAAAGUUUUAUCUUUAUGUGAUGUGGAAGGGUCGCCAUCAACAAAUCUUUUGCCUCCUUCAUUGCAAAGUUUAAGCUCUGUAAGAUACUUAGCUCUUGCGUGCUGCAGUUUAACUGAUGAUGCAUUCCCCAAGGAUCUCGGUAGCUUAAUUUCCUUAGUAUAUUUAAAUCUUAACGGCAAUGACUUUUGCAGCCUACCAAGCCUCAGUUGUCUUUCACAGCUUCAAGAUUUGUCUUUACAUAAGUGCAGAAAUCUUUGUGCAAUCCCAGAUUUACCAACAAAUUUGAAAGUCUUAAAAGCAUAUGGCUGCACUGCAUUGGAAAAAAUGCCAGAGUUUUCAGAAAUGUCAAAUAUAAGAGAAUUGUAUCUAAGAAAUUCGGGCAAACUCAUUGAGAUUCCUGGCCUGGAUAAGUCAUUAAACUCCAUGACAAGGAUUCAUAUGGAAAACUGCAGUAAACUCACUGCCGAUUUUAGGAAGAACAUCCUACAGGGAUGGACUUCUUGCGGAUAUGGUGGCAUUUUUCUGAGUGGAAAUGAUAUUCCUGAUUGGUUCGACUUUGUCCAUGAUGAUGAUAUUGUUUAUUUCACUAUGCCUCAAAGUGUUGGUCGUAAUUUUAUCCUUCGUUCUCUCUUCAGGCUUAUACGGUUGUCGUAUUAGCAUUAAAAACAUGACCGAGGGUACUGAGCUUGACGCCAGGAUCAUACCCGACUGUCAAAGUUAUGGUACUGGUUUUUAUCUUUGGCAGGGACAGUUAUCAAAUGACGAGCUCAAAUUGCAAGAUGGUGAUAAAGUCUUGAUUGAAAUAAUAGCAGACUAUAAUUUGGUGAAGAAAACAGGUGUUAGUCUGGUAUGGGACAAAUUUAUGAACGAAAAUAUGAUUGAAUACCAUCUUUGUGCGUAUGAACGACACCCAUCUCAAAAUCAGGUCAAUGAUGAUGACAUCAUUCAUGUCGAAGAUGAUAAUCACAUAACAAAAUCACCAGACUUUUCAAAAUUCCCAAAUCUCGAGAAGUUGAUAUUGAAAGGUUGUAAGGAGUUGAUUAAGGUUCACUCAUACAUCGGGGAUCUUGGAAGACUUUCUUUGGUAGAUCUUGAAGGCUGCAGAAUGCUAAAGGAUCUCCCACUGAAUUUCUAUAAAUCCAAGUCUAUUGAAACUCUACUACUUAAUGGUUGUUCAAGUUUUGAAGACUUGGCUGAUGGCUUAGGGGACAUGGUAUCAUUGACGAUUUUGGAAGCAGAUGACACAGCCGUCAGACAAAUACCAUCUUCCAUAGUAAAAUUGAAGAAGUUGAGAAUUUUAUCUUUAUCUGGCUGCUGGCGGUUAACUGAGGAUGCAAUCCCUAAGGAUCUAUGUAGCCUAAUUUCCUUAGAACAUCUGCUUCUUGGACGCAAUUUCUUUUGUAGCCUACCAAGUCUCACUGGUCUUUCAAAGCUCAAGGUCUUGUGUGUAAAUGCAUGCGAAUUUCUUCGUGCAAUCCCAGAUUUACCAGCCAAUUUGUAUGUUCUGAAAGCAAAUGUCUGCCCAAAUUUGGAAACAAUUCCAGAUUUUUCAAAAAUGUCGAAUAUGAAAGAAUUGCAUCUAAGUGAUUCGUUCAAACUCACUGAGGUUCCAAGCUUGGAUAAGUCAUUAAACUCCAUGACAAGGAUUCAUAUGGAAGGCUGCACCAAUCUGACUGCCGAUUUUAGGAACAACAUCCUACAGAGAUGGACUUCUUGUGGAUUUGGUGGAAUUUUUUUGAAUGGAAUUUAUGAUAUUCCGGAGUGGUUCAAAUUCGUCAAUGAUGUGGACAAUAUCGUCUUCUUUGAAGUUCCUCAAAGAAUCAUGGGUCGGGAUUUAAAGGGGUUGACUAUAUGCUUCUGUUUGCCCGUUUCGGUGUUCACUCCUGUGAUGGAAGGGCAAAGUUCCCCACUGCCUUGAGAACCAUAAACUG